AUGUAUUUCUUUGUCAAGAAACUUCAAUAUGUCAAAGAUCACCUUAAGAGAUGGAAUCUGUCAUGCUUUGGUCAUCUUAAGUCUAGGAAGAGGAGUGCUUUGGAACAUCUUGCUGUGAUUACUCACCAGAUAUGGGAUAAUGGUUUCUCGGAUGCUCUUGGAAAAGCAAAAUCCCAAGCUGUGCACAAUGUGGAGGAGUGGGAGCUUCAUAAGGAGAUUUUUUGGAAACAAAAGGCUCAAGUUGAUUGGCUUCAAGAAGGGGAUAGUAAUUGUGCUUUUUUUCACCAAUUUGUUCAAGAUCGUCAUAAUAAGGGGUAUAUUUCCUCUCUGGUUACCUCAGAAGGGCUUCAGAUUUCAUCUAUGCCAGCUAUGUCUCACAAGGCUCGUCAUUACUACUCUGAUCUUUUUACUAAAGAUCCCCCUCCUACUAUGGAUGAGGAGCAUUUGAUUCUCUUCUCUAUUCCCUCUCUAGUGACCAAUUCUAUGAAUGCCUCUCUCAUUCAUCCAAUUUCAUUUCCCGAAUUAGAGGAUGUUGUGUUCGGAAUGAACAAAGUUAUUGUGAAUAGCGAACCUUCAGAGCCUUUUGGGGUUUCCUGUGGUCUUUGCCAAGGAGAUCCUCUUUCGCCUUACCUGUUCAUUAUUAUGGCUGAGAGUAUGGGUUAUUUUCUUAAGUUUCAUGGUUCUCAGGGCCUUAUUCAUGGUUGGCAAUGGGGCAAUGGUUUGCCACAGAUCUCUCAUAUCCAAUUUGUAGAUGAUAUUGCUCUUAUGGGUUUCGCUCGUAUUAGGGAAGCUAAAUCUUUUUGGCAUGCCUUGGAUAUUUACCUUGCUGCUUCUGGUUAG